CGGAGCGGGAGAGGGCGGCGUUGACGGAGACAUAUGUCGAGCUGACGCCUCUGGAGUGGGAUCUGCACUAAUGACGCCAUCAUGACCACCGACGGCAGAGCCACAGACAAGGUCGGCGUCCCGACGUGCCACAUCGAGGAGCGUCGAGGGGAGAGGCGCUUUGAUGGCGUCUUCCGGUGGCUCGACACCCUCUGCCGCGCUGCGAGGACGGGGCUGAGUCCGCGGAUACCGCUGAUCGUCUCGCCAACCAGCAGCCACGGUGGAGGAGGUCAGGUAUGGGCAUAAGUACAGAGACGCAGAGAGAGGUACACAGACAGAGAGGCAAUUGGCUGCUGUUCUUGUGUCUUGUGUUUCGGGCAGAUGCACCGCUGUCUACAUUUUAUAUUUCGCGAGUCCCUGUAUUCUUCGAAGGCAGCUCCGGGACAUCGGCGACUUGUUCUACCUUCGUCUGGAGCAGUUGUGCGCUGGGGAGAGGUUUCGUAUGUAGCGAUGACACCCCUAGGUGAGAAAGAUGGGAUGGACGAGGGAGGGGAGGAGGCGACUUCCUUACCACCGACGUCACUCAUCGCUGUGUUGUGUGUGUGGGUGUGCAGGUGAGGAGUGGGUUGGGGUGGUCCGGCUGUUCGGAUGGACGAAGGGAGAGAGCAAGGAGACCAAUCAGGUAGAGACAGAGAGAGACACAGAGAGACACAGAGAGACACAGAGAGAGGCAAUCAAUUUCCUGCUGUGUUGUCCUUUGUCCUUUCGGCAUUCAGAUCGCUGACUGCAUUUUAUAUUUGCGCAGCUGGUGUACGGCGGGUUCAAGCUCCUCAAGAGAGACCCAAACGCGCCACCCGCUCCCCACACUAGGCGCACAUGCCGAGACGGCCCUCCACCCGCCGAGCUGUCCUAUCAUGAGCGGGUGGAGAACUACGAGAGGGUCAAGGCGAGGAUAGAGAUGGAGUUGGGUAUCGCCCCCCCAGUCCGACUCGACCCCCCACCACGGCCGAGGUGGCAAAGCGGCUCAUCAAGCACCACCUCCAGUAUGAUGAUACACACAAUGAUACACACACACACACACACACACACAUUCGGCUUUUCACGCAUCAGCCGGUUGUUUGUCUGUCUGUCUGUCUAUGUGUGUCACUACUUACUUGUCCACAGAAAUGGCAACCGCAGACGCGCGUGGUGUGGAGACACCGGGAACUUCAUCCGUCUCCGAGACCCACGGCCCCUCAGCACAGCUAUAGGGAGGGGGAGGAGCUUGUUGACGUGCUUAGGAGGAUCACGUAUGGGCAUCAAAUUAGAAAGACACAGAGACAAUAAUUGACAGCUGGUGUUGUCCUUUGUGUCUUCAGCCGAUGCAUCGCUGACUACAUUUUAUAUCGGUCGGGUCCCUGUAUUAACCUACCGAUGAUGUGCAGAGGUCAGGGCGCAUGCGGCGAAGACAUCAAGAGGACGACAGCGAUCACUUCAUGUAGGCAGAGAGGGGGAGGACGUGCAGACAAGACGGUGUGGGCUGACUGCUGUCUUUUCUUGUGUGUUGUUAUGUCAGCGCCUGUCUGCGGGAUGCGAGGGCUCAUCGGAGGAAGCUGGGGCAGCUGCAUUGGUGCACGUGUUCGCUGCACGCGGCAGGUGAUAGCAUCGGUGCUGUGCUUGAGCUGACAGUUGUACAUAGCAUGAAGUUCAUUAAAGGCCCUUGGUCAGUUG